AUGUUCUUGUCUUCUAUCCCCAUUGCUUCCGUUUCGGUGCUUGCUGGAGCCCUUGGAGUCAUCUCUCAUCUGGGUUACUUCAUCCAUGGCGAACACCACAUGCAGUCCGUACGAAUCCUCUGCAUAUUUGUUUUGGGCCCUUUAAUAUUCUUCGCAUGCAAUUUUUUUCUCUAUGACUUUCCUAUUAUCGAGGCCGGGAAAGCGACCAUCGUGGCAUCGACCUCUUUUUUUGUAGCCUUGACCCUUAGCAUUCUUAGUUAUCGUGUCUUUUUUCAUCCACUACGACACUUUCCUGGCCCCUUUUCUGCCCGCCUGACCAAGCUUACUCACGUCGCUCGUCUCCUUCCAAAUUCCGACAACUUCGCCCAGGCCCAUCAACUACACCAAAAAUAUGGGGAAAUCGUGAGAGUCGGCCCCAACGAGUUGACAAUUAUCAAUCCAGAUGCAAUUGCCGCAAUUCACAGUUCCAGCUCUAAAUGCAUCAAAGCACCUUGGUAUGAUGCGAUUGGAGGCCCUAACCCAUCCCUACAACUGACUCGCAACCGAAACACGCAUGACAAACGGCGAAAGAUCUGGGACCAGGCAUUCAGCGCAAGGGCACUACGGAACUAUGAAGGCCGUGUGGAUGGCUAUGUGGACCAACUGAUUGCGCAAUUGGACAAUCUCGCCAACCAGCCCGUCAAUGCGAGUCUCUGGUUCAACUUCUACAGCUUCGAUGUCAUGGGUGAUCUUGCAUUCGGCAAGUCCUUCAACAUGUUGAAGAGCGGGGAGAAACAUUUUGCCCUCAAGUUGCUCCAGGAUGGCAUGCGCCCCGUCGGUAUCCUCACGCCCAUUCCGUGGAUCCUCCCGAUUCUCCUGGCCAUCCCCGGCGCAGGGACCGGCACCAAGAUCUUCACGAAAUUUAUUGAAGACCAAGCCGCAACUCGGAGAAAAGUACAGUUCCAGCCAAACACCCCGCUACUUCCAGAUAUCACGAGCUGGCUCCUCGACGCCGAGGAAAACAGUCCAGACCCAAUGAACAAGAAUCCGAGGUGGCUAAAUGGUGAUACCGGCCUUAUGAUCGUGGCCGGCAGCGACACCACCGCCGCCACUCUUAGCCAUAUUUUCUACCACCUUGCCCUUGACUCUACUCUCGGGACUAAGCUUCGUAAUGAACUUCGCACCACUGCGCCUUGCGAUGCCAAGUUUCUUGCUGCCCUCAUCAAUGAGACGCUACGUCUCCACCCGCCAGUGCCUUCCGGUGUGCUGCGCCAGACUCCCGCCAGCGGCCUGGUAUUUGGAGAUACUUUUAUUCCUGGGAAUGUGACGAUAUCGAUGCCGAUUUGGUCACUGGGUCGUUUGGAAGGCGCAUUCCCCAAUCCCUCAUCCUUUGUACCUGAGCGCUGGACAACGUCUCCCGAGCUCCUGAAGAACAAAGCCGCAUUCAUGCCAUUUUCUACAGGCCCUUAUUCCUGCGUUGGCAAACAACUGGCGCUCCUCUCCCUCCGGACCGUUGUGGCUCGCCUUGUACAGCGCUUCGACAUCCGCUUUGCGGCUAACGAAACAGGCCAGAGUCUAUUACGGGAUACAAAGGAUGUAUUUACGCUUGACGUGGCGCCUCUGAAUUUAAUUUUUGUGAAGAGGGACCCCGUUUAA